AUGAAGUCGAGGCGAAGUCGCGGGGAGGCAGAAGAAGGAAAAGAAAGAAAAGAAAGGAAGAAAGAGGAGGAGAAGAAGAAGAAGAAAGUCGGGAAGUUGAAGAAGAAGAAAAGAAGGAGAAGAAAGUCGAAGAGUCGAAAGGGGCUAAAAGAGGGCGGCGGUGGGGCGUGGCCAGUUGAAGACUUAGUUAAAGACUUGGUUAAGCGUUAG